AUGUCCAUUAAUAAGAAUAUUUCAAAAUUUUACAAGCCUGUUGGCUAUAAAGUAACUCCAGAAAUGGCCUUGAGAGACUGCGAUAACCCAUCAAGUUCGAACAAUCAAGUCUUAUCAAGUGAUUCCGGCUUGCCCUUCAACAGGUUGGGCGCUACUGGUAGAUUAGUUAACACGGAUACAUUUUGGACAAAAAAUCAUACUACUGCUAAUGAAGUUCAAUUUGGACUGUCCGAUGAAAGCAGCAGCGCUUCUCUUUCAUCUUCCUCUUCUGACCUAAUGAGCUCCAGUGUGAUUGAAGGAAAGUGCUGUGAAGAACACCUAUCUCUUACACGAGAAAUGGCAAUAAGGCUCUUGAAAGAGUACGUCAAAAACCUGAAGGACUUUUCCUCAAUGAUGAGGGAAAAACAAUCAACAACUUUGAGAGAUACUUCCACCUCGCCGAUACAUUCACCUGUGUUAGACAGUAAUGAUAAACACAAAUGUGCAAUAAAGAGAGAUACUCAGAAUUCUGAUAAUACAGUCAGUCGCCAAAGACCUUCUUCUAUGUUGGGAGUAAGCCAUAUACAUCAAACGUCAUAUGAUCUUGCUCAAAGCGAUCGAACUAAAACUUCGACGAGUUUCUUUAGCUCUUUGGAUCAUGUUAUCGACAUACCAGUUGCUUUCAUGAAGAAGCAAAACUUCACAGCACGUAGCGUUUGUAAGGUCAUAAAGCAGCCAGAUAAUCCAGGCAAUUCUUUGGAAAAAUCUCACUCUACUAAGACUGAUAAAUGCAAUUGGUUUAACAAGAAUAGCUUAGAUUCAGAUGAUUCCGGUCAACAAACACCAGUGAAUUUUGAGUCCGGUCUUCAGACUGCUGUAUUGAAGUCAGAAAAACAUUAUCAGCUUGAGAAAGAUCCUGGCAAAUCAGUGCCUAUACUUUCAUCUACCAGUACGUUAGAUAACAAUCAAUCUUCAAAAGACUGCAAAAAGGAUACACAAAAACACUUGGGUAGAAUCGUCAUGAUGCCACCACAACCUGAUAUUCUGAAAUUCGAAAGACCUCAUAAACCUAACGUUAUAGUUGCGGAUGAAAGACUAAAUGGAGAGGGUAUUGUUACGGAAAAACAGUCUGAAGCAGCUCUUAGUUCACCGAACCAGUUGUUUCACACGCAAAUAUCCUCUGACUUCUCAAGAACGGAAGGACUAAGAAUAAAAUCACCCAGUCCAUCCUACUCCAGUUCAGUUGGAUCACCUGCAAAUUCAUUUCACUCAACUCCUUUGAGGCCAGAACUUCAUUCUAGCCCUACACCACAAGCAAAGACAUAUCAUUCAGGCGCACCAAGGUCAAGUUCUGUACAGAGAGUGAUACCUCAUUCUUCUAAAGAAACCCUGUGGAUCAGAAAUUCGUAUAACACACCGUCCCAAAAUCCAUACAGGAGUUUGGUUAAAAGUUCCUCAAGUAUACCUUUAAGUGGAACUCCAAGUUACUCGGACUCUGUCUUACCUAAGAUUACUUCACCAUUCUCUCAACCCAUAUUCACUCCUAACUGUAAUGAUUAUAUGGAAUAUGAUGCCAACCAAUUACCUAAACAUGUAUUGAGCAAAACUGACUUUAGCAACACCAAGUUCAAUAACAAUUAUAAAACUGAUCAUGUAACAGAAAUAAAUAAGCCACCUCAUUGGUCUGCUGAUUCAAGAUUUCCCACAAAUAAUUAUUCGAAGGUUAGUCAAAAUGGCUUACUAAAUCAUAUUAAUCAUCCACCGGUCAAAAUAUACACAGAAUCUGAAGUUCAGUCUGUUCCAACACAUAAUGAAUAUCCUUUUACAAACGAAAUCAACAAAGCUGAGCCUAUUCGAACGAUAGGUGAAAUUCCUAUUUUAGGAAGGGGAACAAGAACACAAAUAGUUACUGAAGAUCUCUCUUUGCCACCAAACAAACCACCUAAAAAAUAUGGAGUUUGGCCCAAUUCAACUCAAAUUCCACCUGCUGUUUCACAACAGAUGAAUCUAUCCACAAAACAACAGGAUAACAUUUCUCAAUAUAAAAAUGAUUUAUUUUACCGAAGAAAAUCUGAUAAAAUAAUACAAACAGAUGAUUUUGAUGAUGAUGAUUCAUGGAUAACUGGAAGCUUAGAUUCUCCAAAUAAUCAGGAUUUAGAAAUUUCAUGUGAACCAGAAAAUCCAUCGCCAGUUAACGAACCAAACCUUCAAACUUGGACUCUGUCUUUGCAAAGUAUUGUAAGACCAACCGAAUCAGAAAGCAUUUUACCUAAAGCAAACGAAAUUAGUUGCACGGAACAUAUUAAUAUACACAUUGAAAAAACAAAACCAAGUGAAAGCAAAAUACAGCCUAAUUUAGAAUGUGACAGAAAGCUAUGGCGUCGUCAUUCACUGCGUAUUAAUCCUUCAGAAUCUGAUAAUUAUCAAACAACACAACGAAAUUUAAAUCAAUUCAAUGACCGCCCAAAUCAAAGACUUUCUUUACCCCGUAAACCAAAAAACACUUCGCGAUUUAGUAUAGGGAGCUCAAGUGAACUUGAUACUCCAAAAUGUCGUAGUGUACACUUUUCAAAUGAUGUUUUAGUGGCUCACACUGGAUCAGGACCAGAACCUUUACUAUUAUCUUCAGCUCCUCUAAAAGAACCAGCUUCAGAUGAUGAGCAAGAACAAAAUGGGAAACCAAGUUACUUUACGAAACUUUCAGUUGACUGCGGUCAUAAUAUGUCAAAUUUUUUGAAACCUCCUAAAUCUCGAACAAAUAUAAACAGACCUUCAGCUCCACUACCUUUUCGUCGACAGUUUGUUCUUAACACUUCAAAUAAUGUCAAUUCUUAA